AUGCAGAUCUUCGUGAAAACCCUAACGGGGAAGACGAUCACUCUCGAGGUCGAAUCUUCCGAUACCAUCGACAAUGUCAAGGCGAAGAUCCAGGACAAGGAAGGAAUCCCACCGGACCAGCAGCGAUUGAUUUUCGCCGGAAAGCAGCUCGAAGACGGACGUACCCUCGCCGACUACAACAUCCAGAAGGAAUCGACGCUUCACCUUGUCCUUCGUCUCCGUGGUGGUGCUAAGAAGAGGAAGAAGAAGACUUACACCAAACCUAAGAAGAUCAAGCACAAGCAUAAGAAGGUCAAGCUCGCUGUUCUUCAGUUCUACAAGGUUGAUGGAUCUGGAAAAGUUCAGAGGUUGAGGAAGGAGUGCCCUAACGCGACUUGUGGUGCUGGGACUUUCAUGGCGAGUCAUUUCGAUCGUCAUUACUGUGGUAAGUGUGGUCUCACUUACGUUUACCAGAAAGAAGGAGGCGAGGAAUAA